UCAACUUUUCAACCAAAACAAACCUAAAAACAUUCAAAUAAACACAUUAUAAUGCUAACUACUAAAAAACUUUGUUUUGUAAUAGCCAUUUUGGUGCUAGUUUUUUGCACCAAAAUCAAUCAUGUAAGGUGCACUCGAAAUCUUUGGGCUGUCGAUUAUACCAAAAGUCGCCACAACGACAACGACAACGACAAUAGAAAACCGAGCACCGAAAAUGGGUUGACAAGUUUGGGUGAUAUUAAGUUGAUGCUUAGAAAAUUGGGUGUUAGAUUGGCCUCAGGCCCAAGCAGAGGUGGAGCAGAUUAUUGCAUAAACCGCGAAAUCAAGCACAAUGAAAAAAGUGCGUGGAGAAAUGAGAUUUAUAUCCAGAGCCACAUUUUCGAAAUGGAUAGCAGUAAAGUGCUUUCGACAAGCUGAUAAUACCUUUGAUUACGGCUACUAUACUCUCAAAUACAUGGACGAUAUCUUACAAUCUGUGAAGGAGAUUGGAGCCGAAAACAUUGACGCCGUUUUAUACGACAUUCCAAGGGAAACACGCCCUUUGAGAGAUGAAGAAAUGCGCUAAUUGAAAGACAAGAUUGCCGCGUAUCUUGCUAAUUUUUGUUCUUGGUGAAUAAUGUAAUUAUUUAGAUUUAGUACUUCAAUUUGUAUAUGUACAUAUUAUUAUAUUAUAUAUACGAUCAAGAGUUUACAAAGAGAU